GCCACUUCACCCACAUGUCCUGCUGGUGGUGGUGGGAUUGAAUCAUGGUGGGACCCACCUUUGCUAGGUAGUCACAGGCCUGGGUGGGGGUGGAAAGGUCCUAGAACUCUAAAAGAUGCUAUAUAAAUACAGCCAUAUACCAUUUUUACCUUUCCUGAAAAAAAAAUAUCCACAAGAUUCUGUUCCUGACCAAAAGAACAAGAUCUUAGCUAGACCACUCGAAAGGAGCUUCCACUGUGGCGUGGCUGGGCUCAGCCUUAGCGAUCCGGUGAUUUCAAUACAUUUUCCCUCAGUGCUUCUUUAAUUUCACAUCUAUUUGGGCAUUAAAGAUGCUUCAUUGAGUGAAGCAAGUGAAUGAGAACACAAGUAAGUCUUUCUGCCACUUGAUAGAGCUCUAGAGCUGAGUUAAUGGAGCAAACACAACUACGACAUGUUGAUUCACCCUGUUCAUCAUUAAAGCUGUCCAACACCCGACGUCUUCCAUGUCUACACAUUACCUAACAUAGUCCUAAUUCUUUCACUACAAGACCUAUACCUCUAGCAUACCUCCUUGCAGACCCUCCUCGUGACGUCUGGUGGUUGUAUAAACUUUUACCUCGCUCACAAAGACCAUUUUAAAUCACAACAAAUGACAUUAAAACUGAUAAAUAAUACACAUCCAUUCUUUCUGUUUAGGCUGCUCAGAUAGGCUAAAUGAAGCCAAAGCAAAAUUCUUCAGAACUGUGACCAGACCAACCCUCCCACCACCCUAUCUCACUCCCAAGAGAAAUAUCUUGUCUCUAGUCCAGUCAGAGUAAAAAUAAAAUGGCCAAUGUGGCAACUGAGAUUGUAGCCUUUCUUCUGACCAUCUCUGGUUGGAUCUUGGUGUCGUCCACGCUGCCGACAGACUAUUGGAAGGUGUCAUCUGUGGAUGGGACGGUUAUUACAACAGCGACCUUCUGGUCCAAUCUAUGGAAGACCUAUGUUACCGAUUCCACCGGUGUGUCUAACUGCAAGGACUUUCCAUCCAAGUUGGCUUUGGAUGCUUACAUUCAGGUCUGCAGGAUGAUUUCUUCUGUAUGUUUAGGAUUCUUUGGUGCAAUUCUGGCCUUGUUGGGAAUGAAGUGCACGACAAUCGGGGGCUCUGAAACCACCAAGGCUCGUCUGACUGUCCUUUCAGGCUUCACCUUCGUCCUCAGUGGGGUCUGCUGCAUGACUGCGUGUUCGAUUUAUGCACGCAGGAUCACAACAGAAUUCUUCGAUCCUCUUUUUGUUGCACAGAAGUUUGAGCUCGGAGCGGCUCUCUUCAUCGGCUGGUCUGGGUCUGUGCUGUGCAUCUUAGGAGGACUUCUUUUCUGCCUUCCUCUUUCUGGAGGCUUCAGUAUCAAAGGAGAGACCUCUCACCGUCGAGUGGCAUCAUUUGCAACAACACACAACCAGCGCCAGACAGCCAACAGUCUACACAAGGAACCACAGGGGGAGUCAGGGAAGUUUGGAAGAAAUGCCUACGUGUAAAUCUGAAAUCGUUUCGUGACUUAUUGUAGAAAUGCUCAUAAUUUUUAACCAUAAUCGGAUUCAGCUAGAAGCUGGACUGGGACACCAGAUUCCUGCACAAGUACAGCAGCUCUUUGGGUCGUUUCUGUCAAUAACUCAUAAAAGAUAAGCUCUUUUUUUUUUUAUUAUUUAUUUAUAUUUUUUGUUUGCAAGGCAGAAAAUUUCAUUUGGCACAAAAUAGCACCAGAGCUCUCCGGUCACCUUCAGCAUGCUGCUCUUUCUUGACUGUUGCAAAUGAACACACACUUUCCUUUUAACAUCCAAACGCUCUUUUUUUGUCUUCUUAAAGAAAAUUUCUGAUUAAAAGCUGCUGUUAUGAACUGACA